ACAUACGCUGAUGUAAUUGUACAACUGUGGUCACACUGACACAUACAUGCAAUCAUCUGCGCAGACUCAUACAAACGGACACAAAUACCUGAAAUACAGAGCCACAGACAGACACACAUGGAAGCACGGAAUGCACAGAACACUCACACAGUACAUACCAUGCCGCACACACCGGGACCCACACAGUCUAACAAGCCCCAAGGGUCUCCAGGGCUCCCCUGGGGCUACUGCCCACCCCUCCCACCAUCCCCGCCAGGGUAAGACGGUGUCCCCCAGGGAACAGAAGUCUCCAGUCCCAUCUUAAGCUCUGCUGGAUCCCUCGUGACAUCAACCAGCCCCCUCGCGGCUGCCGGGAGCUGUGAGCUCUGUGCUGGGGCCAGGCCGGCACCGGGCACAGACACUUAGGCCCUUGUUGGGAGAACAGAGAGAGGCUCUCUUGUCCACUGCCUGUCUUCGGUUCCAACUGCUGGUUCUCCUAGAGGCCUCUCCUCAGACUCGCAGAGCUGCCUGAUCAUUGCUACAGAAUGAACUCUAACCCAGCUGGGACCACCAGUCCACAGCCCUCCAAGGCCAAUGGGAACAUCAACCUGGGGCCUUCAGCCAACCCAAAUGCCCGGCCCACGGACUUCGACUUCCUCAAAGUCAUCGGCAAAGGGAACUAUGGGAAGGUCCUGCUGGCCAAGCGCAAGUCUGAUGGGACGUUCUAUGCAGUGAAGGUGCUGCAGAAAAAGUCCAUCUUAAAGAAGAAAGAGCAGAGUCACAUCAUGGCAGAGCGCAGUGUACUUCUGAAGAAUGUGCGGCACCCCUUCCUCGUGGGCCUGCGCUACUCCUUCCAGACACCUGAGAAGCUCUACUUUGUGCUUGACUAUGUCAACGGGGGAGAGCUCUUCUUCCACCUGCAGCGGGAGCGCCGGUUCCUGGAGCCCCGGGCCAGGUUCUACGCUGCCGAGGUGGCCAGCGCCAUUGGCUACCUGCACUCCCUCAACAUCAUUUACAGGGACCUGAAACCAGAGAACAUUCUCUUGGACUGCCAGGGACACGUGGUGCUGACGGAUUUUGGCCUCUGCAAGGAAGGUGUAGAGCCUGAAGAGACCACAUCCACGUUCUGUGGUACCCCCGAGUACUUGGCACCUGAAGUGCUUCGGAAGGAGCCUUAUGAUCGGGCGGUAGACUGGUGGUGCUUGGGGGCAGUCCUCUACGAGAUGCUGCACGGCCUGCCGCCCUUCUACAGCCAAGACGUGUCCCAGAUGUAUGAGAACAUUCUGCACCAGCCGCUACAGAUCCCUGGGGGCCGGACGGUGGCCGCCUGUGACCUCCUGCAAAGCCUUCUCCACAAGGACCAGAGGCAGCGGCUGGGCUCCAAAGCAGACUUUCUGGAGAUUAAGAACCAUGUAUUCUUCAGCCCUAUAAACUGGGAUGACCUGUACCACAAGAGGCUAACUCCACCCUUCAACCCAAAUGUGGCAGGACCUGCUGACUUGAAGCAUUUUGACCCAGAGUUCACCCAGGAAGCUGUGUCCAAGUCCAUUGGCUGUACCCCUGACACUGUGGCCAGCAGCUCUGGGGCCUCAAGUGCAUUUCUGGGAUUUUCUUACGCGCCAGAGGAUGAUGACAUCCUGGAUUGCUAGAAGAGAAGCACCUGUGAAACUACUGAGGCCGGCUGGUAUUAGUAAGGAAUUACCUUCAGCUGCUAGGAAGAGCGACUCAAAGUAACAAUGGCUUAAAUGAGAAGCAGGUUUAUUUUUUCCACCACAUAAAAGAAAAAUAACGUUACGGAGUCCAGGGCUGGCAGGACAGGUCAUCAGCUACUCAGAGGCUGUAUUUCUGCCCUGCCAACCUUGACAAAUGGCUUCCAAUGUUAGGUUUGCUACAAGAUGGUUACUGGAGCUCUAGCUGCCAAUUUUGUGUUUGGGGAAAGGAAAACAGAGGAAAGGGGGAGAAGAGCAAAGGGUGCUUUUAAAGAGCUUUCCCUCUGCUUCCAUCUCACUAACCACCCACCCCUACCUGGAAUGGAGGCUGGGAGAUGUGGCUUAUUUGCUGGGUACGUGACUAUCCCUUAUAACAAAGGGGUUCUGACACUAAGGGAGAAGGGGAGAAUGUUGGGUAGGCAGCCAGCACGCUUUACCAGAGGGCCUCCUGGUGUUUGGAUUUUGAUCUCAAUGUGUAAAAUGACAGAGAUGUAACAAGCUUAUCGGGUAUCAAUAUCUCUAAUUGUUCUAUGUUGAUGAUAUCUGUCUUUGUUGCGGGUAAUAUUGGACAUUUGUUAUUG